CGAUUAUCGCGCGUGAAUGGUGGACAUAAAUCCCAUUCUUUUGGCAAUUAAUUUAGACGUGUCUCAGUGCACGCAUGUUUUUGUUUAAUUGAUCAGUGAACUAAGUGUUUAUUAAAGUAAUUACGCUUAAAGACAAUAUUUUAUCUGUGAAAUUAUUAACGAAACACUUAUAUAUAACCUUUUCACAACAAUGCCUCAAGAGUUAGUAGUUGUGCAUAGUGUUGUGAUUUUAUUGUUAGUCUUAUGUAUGUCUGUUACAUGCAAAGUUGUUGUUGUAAAUUCAAAAGCACAGCAUCUACCAGUCUUAGCGGAAAUGAGUAAAAAUAGACAGUUAUCGUUCAUUUCUGCCGCUACUAAAGAAACUAACACAGCCGACUUUAUACGACUUGUGGUGAUGCGUUUCAUUUAUGGCCUGGCAUCUACGAUGGGAGUUGAAGAAAGAUUGGAGGGCGUUUUUAACGGAGCCUUUGUACCACCCAAUGCCGAUAAUGAUUUGUUCGAUUUCGGUGGUCUUACCGAUUACGGAGACGGCGAUGAUGAUUACGGUGACGAAUCUGCGUUAGAGAAUGUGAUUGCGGCUGAUCUUUAAAAUAAGUUCUUUUCUAUUAUUUUCUUAAGAAUAUAUUUAUUUACGUUUAUUUAUUUAUUUACUUA